AUGGCACUGUUCAUGCGUGCGACUAGCAACAAAUAUUCAUUAUUUAUAAAUAAUUGUUACAACAAGUUGACAAUUACUAAUUUAAAGUUGAAACCAUGCACGGAUUUAUUACGACAUUCUGUUAUAUUAAAUUUUUGUUCUCAACGUAAUUCUCCAGAAAAUAAUGAUCAUACAGAAGAUCAAGAAGAAAUAUUAAACCCUUUUUAUAAAUUUAUUGCAUACAGAAAAAGAGAAGCAAAGCGAUCAGUUAUUAUUCAAGUUCAAUCACCAGAUUCAUACCAGGAUUUAUACUCUUAUUGUGCUGCUUUUGGAGCUAUAAAUCAAAUGAAAUUUUAUAGCGCAUCAAAUCGUGGGCAUUUUUUUCUAAUUGAAUUCCAAGAUAUAUCAAGUCAAAUAUCACUGAUAAAUUCAGCUACACAUAUUAAUCACAAUGAAAUACUUCCAGUGAAAUCUUCAAUGCUAUGGUUUAGGAAUGUAUAUAAAAAAUCGGGGAAAAUAUCUAAGAAUAAUAUUCCACCAAUGCCAGAAAAUGAUAUUAUAACUGAAAAUCGAAUAACUGACAGUAUAAGAUCACAGAAAUCUAUAAAUGAUCAGAUAAAUUGUUUAUAUAGAUUAUCAAAAUUAGAAGAUAUUGGAAUUCGAUUACGAUUUUUUACAGCAUUACAAUUAGAAGCCACAUUAAUUGGAUUAUUUCCAAAUGUCACUGCGUUACCUUUUGGAUCAUCCGUUAAUGGAUUUGGUAAAAGAAAUUGUGACUUGGAUUUAAUUUUAAAUUUUGAGCCUAUAAAAGAAGAAAAAGAAUCGAGCAGACUUGUAUUUCAUACAAAAUCAGCAAUGCCUGUUGAAAGAGCACAAACAAAACGUUCAAUGGAGACGAUAGCGACAUUAAUGCAACAUUUUAUGCCAGGAGUAUAUGAUGUAAGGAGAAUUUUGCAUGCACGAGUGCCAAUAAUAAAAUACCACAAUUCGUUGACGGAUGUGGAAUGUGAUUUAAGUAUGACAAAUAUGAUUGCUUUAUAUAUGUCUGAAUUACUAUACCUUUAUGGAGAAAGUGACGAAAGAGUAAGACCUCUAGUUUUUACGAUAAGGAAAUGGGCUUUGGAUGUAGGAAUCACGAAUCCUUCUGCUGGUCCUUGGAUAACCAAUUUUUCAUUGACAUUAAUGAUAUUAUUUUUUCUACAACAUGAAGGCAUUUUACCAUCAUUAAAAACUCUCCAGAAAUUAGCUAGAAAGAAUGAUAUAAGAAUAACAGAAAACUGCGCAAACUGUACAUUUUUAAGAGAUUUAAGUAAAUGGCCCAAAGAAUCACAUAAUAUCUCAUUAGAGCGAUUGUUAAUCCGAUUUUUCCAUUUCUAUGCAAAUUUUGAUUUUUCUUCGCGUGCAAUUUCAUUAAAUGAGUCAACAAAUAUUGCGAAAACCGAUGAAUCUGCUCUUUAUAUAGUAAAUCCAUUAGAAAAGACGUUAAAUGUUAGCAAGAAUGUCAAUGAUCUAGAAAUAAGGCGGUUUGUUAAUGCAACAAGGAAUGCUGCAUUAUUACUAGAUGAUAAAAAAAGUUGUAAACGAGGUUUAAUUGAUCUUUUUGCAGAAAAACAAUCUAGUACAAAACAUUUCAUCUUGCGUGAAAACGAAAACAAAAUAAAUAUUGCAGAUUUAUUUGAAAAAACUCAUAUUGAACAAAGUAAAGAUGGGAAAAAAACCAGUAAUGUUGAUAAUAGUAAUAAAGAUAAUGUAGAAAAAUCAAGUGAUGAAUCAAAUUUAGCGAAGAAAGGUGUUAAAAUAAAACAAGUGAGAAGAUAGAAUUUUUUAAAUAAUUUAAGAAUUUCCACAAUUGGAAAUUUGUAUGUAUAAAGUAUUAGACAUUAAAAUGAAACAUUUUGUA